UUGGUUGCUGCUGCUGAGCAACACCCAGAGAAAUGUUUCCUCCCAUCUGGGGAGAUGCUCUUGGCCAGAGACCUCCUAGGGACAGCCUCUGCCCUUCCAGCACCUUCCAGAGGCUCUUUUGCAAUCCCGAGCAGGGGGUGGGAAGUCUGUCUCGUUGCUAGUGGUGAUGCUGACUGCUGCCUCCCCACGAAGACCUCAGCUGAUGCUCUUUGUGGCUCCCUGCAAAGGGCAGAAGGAGGCCAGGAUGGGUUUUGGCUUCCUGGAUCCUCUCCAGUUCUGCCCAGGGGGAAGCAACUGCAGAUGAAAAAUGAGAUCCUUGCCCUCAACCCAGUGCCACUGGAAGAAAGAGAGCAGGAGGCUGGGCUGGAGGCUCUUGGACCUCCUGGCUGGAAGUGAGUCAGCCCAGGAGCAGCUGAGCUGCUGCACAGAGCCAUGGGAAGAGGCUUCCUGCUGAGCCAGCCGCAGGGUCAGGAUCCUGCUGCGCCUGACAGACCUUCUGCUGCUCGUUGGUGUCCUGACCAUGCUGGCAGCCCACAGAGGAGUGCCUGGAGCUGAUGAGCUGCAGGCUGGAGAGGAGAAGGAGCAAAGUGGAGCCCUUCAAGGCUGCAUUGGUCCGCGCCUGGCCCGCCCAUGGCCCUCCUCACCCUAUCAGCAAGAGUCCUUCCCCGAAGCCCCUCCGGUGCCCAAAGGAAAAUCCACCCCAAGCUCCCUGGAGGCUUCAUCGAGGCUUGGGAAGUUUGGGGCUUGGGAUGCCGCAGGCUGUGCCCCUUCCUCAGCUGGCCUGGGCUGCUCUCUGCCUCGCCUCUCCCAUGCGCCUCGACCGCCGCAUCCCCUGAGAGCCUCCCCGCAGCCGACCUCCGGCCCUCGAGGCGCCCAGGAGAUGAAGGAGGAGCCCCCCGAGGGCAGCAGCGAGGAAGAGGAGGGCGGGCGGCUGCCUAGAAAAUGCCUCCGCAAACGUGCCCAGGGGGGCAAAAGCAGGGGGGGGUCGGGGCCCCCCUCGCCGCAGGGCAAGCGCAGCAGGCGGAGCCCUGCACCGCCGCGGCCCUUCGAGGAGCUGCACUCGCCGCGGGUGAUCGCCAACGUGCGGGAGCGGCAGCGAACGCAGUCCCUCAACGACGCCUUCGCCGAGCUGCGCAAGAUCAUCCCCACGCUGCCCUCCGACAAGCUCAGCAAGAUCCAGACCCUCAAGCUGGCUGCUCGCUACAUCGACUUCCUGUGCCAGGUGCUGCGCAGCGAUGAGCUGGGGCACAGGGGCGCCAGCUGCACCCACCUGGCACACGAGAGGCUCAGCUACGCCUUCUCCGUCUGGAGGAUGGAAGGGGCUUGGGCUAUGUCUGCGUCCCGAUGAGCCCCCCCCGGGGUGGGGCCCACACCUCCGCCUCGAUGGAAGGAAACAGCAGCUCAGCACCCAGCACCUGGGCACCCAGCACCGGGCAUCCAGCAACGGACACGCAGCGCCGGGCCCCCUGCACCGGGCACCCAGCACCGGGCAUCCAGCAACGGACACGCAGCGCCGGGCCCCCAGCACCGGGCACCCUGCACUGGGCCCCGGGCCCCGAGCCCCCAGCACCGGGCCCCCAGCAUCGGGCCCCCUGCAUCGGGCCCCCUGCACCGGGCACCCUGCGCUCCUCCAGCAGCCUCCUCUGUGAGCCACCGGAGCGCGCCGGCCCCACGCAGCAGCCUCCAUCCCAAGCCUUGGGCUGGGGCAGAGGGAGCAGGACCCGAGUGGGUUUUGCGUGGGAGAACCUCUCGGAGGCUCUCGUUUAGUUUGGGACUCUCAGGAGAGGACUCUCCUGCCCCAGGGGAGUUGCUGCCUUCCCGCACCGACACAGGAGGCUGCUUCCUGCCAGGAGCAGGCAGGACAAUUCCCAGCAGGACAACGGAAAGGGUUUGAGAUCUCCCUCACUGCUUCCUAAACCUUGUCCCCGGAGGUGUGGAAUGGCAGCGCCUGAGGCUCUGGCCCGGAGGGGGUCUCUGAAGGCAGCAUCGCGACGGUGCCACAGCUGCAGUUGCUGCCUGGCACAUGGAGGAGGUUUGGGGGCGGGGGCUGGGGGGGAGGUCCCUGAGCCCCUCUACGCCCCGUGAGGCUCAGGGCAGCCUCCACUCAUUCCCACCCCACGGACGCGCUUCGGGAGCCCCUGCCCGACUGGAACAAGCCUUUGGAAAUCAGUGGAAAUGUCACCCCCAGCCCCUUCCCACGGGGCACGGAGGCAGCCAGGGGCCAGCUCAGGAGCGGUGCAGCUCCAGAGUCGUGGAAUGGUGUGAAGGGAGCUCCGGGGAUCACCUGGUCCGGCUGGAAAGCUUCUGCUCCAAGCGGGAAUCACCCAGGGUGCGAGAAGGAUUUAGGGAGGGGGGGAGCAGAGGCGCUGGAGGGAUGC